AUGGAAGGAGAAGGGGCGACGGCCAACAAGGACGGCGAAGAGGACGACGCGACGGCGAACAGGAACGGCGAACAGGGAGGCGAUGUCGAAGGAGAGGGAGGGCGCGGGCGCGAGGGCGCAGCUAAUGAAGUAAACUUGGACGACGAUGAUUUGAUAUAUACUCCUCAAGUAUCAGAUGAGUUGAGGCCAAAAAAGGGGCAAGAAUUUAACACAAUAGAUGAUGUUGUAACAUUCUACAAUGCUUAUGCUAAAGCAGCUGGGUUUAGUAUAAGGUCUUGGACUACUCAAAAAGAACCGGGAAGUGGUGAAAUAAGAAGAAAGGAGUAUGUUUGUUUUAAACAAGGAAAAUCUCUAAGAAUCGCGGAUGUUGGAAAGAAAAGACGUCAAGGAAGCUUAGCUGAGGAUUGUCCUGCCAAAAUUGCAGUUUUAAAAUCAAACUCUAAAAAAUAUAUUGUUACUGUUUUUAAUGAGGAGCACAGCCACCCGCUAUCAACAAGAUCCCAUCGUAACGUUUCAGCCGCAACAAAGUCUCUAACUAAACAGUUAUCCAUGGUGAAUAUACCUCAGCAUCAACAAUUUAGUUUUCUUGGAGUAUACUCUGGAGGUAUAGAAAAUAUUAGGUGCACUCAAAAAGAUUUGUAUAAUCAUGGAAGGGAUAUACGUGCUGAUAUGAAGGGGCAUGAUGGUGAAAUGUUUUAUGAGUAUUUAAAAUUGAAACAAGAAAAGAAUCCCUCGUUUACUUUUCAAAUUGAGGCUGAUGAGGAACAAAAGAUUACUCGUUGUUUUUGGUCCAAUGCAAGUUCAAGGCGGGCUUACAAUUUUUUCGGUGAUGUUGUAAUCUUUGAUACUACUUACAACACUAAUCGCUAUGGCUUUAUAUUUGCACCAAUAAUGGGGGUUAACAAUCAUGGUCAAACAAUUAUUUUUGCUUGUGGAUUUUUGAAUCAUGAGAGCGUUGAUGAUUUUGUGUGGUUAUUUAAUCAAUUUUUGGAAAGUAUGCCUGGUGGUGCCCCGAAGAUGAUUAUUACCGAUCAAGACCCAGCGAUGACUAAGGCAUUCCCUCUUGUUCUUCCAAAUACUUUUCACAGGUAUUGUAGUUGGCAUAUAUUAAUGAAGUUUUCUGAGAAAAUUGAUGCAGUGAAGUAUAGUAUUUAUAAAAGUGAGUUCUCGGCUUGCAUUUGGAAAUCAGAGACUCCUGAAGAAUUUGAUUUACAAUGGGAAAGUCUGAUUAAGAAAAGUGGGUUAGAAGGAAACAGGUGUUGCAAGACCAAUAUGAACUUCGGUCAAGAUGGAUUCCUGCAUAUGUUAAUCACAUUUUCUCAGCAGACAUGUCAAUUUGGCAGGGGACUAGUGCGCCAACGUCACGAGGAGUUGAUGGCCGAUCACAAAGACUUGAUUGAGAAACCUAAACUUGGAAUAAAUCAUGACUUUUUGGAGCAAAUGGUUGAUAUUUACACUAAUGAGAUGUAUUUCAAGUUUGAGGCUGAAGUGUGUGACAACUUUAACUAUAAGUUGCAGUUUGUUAGGGAAACCGACAAUCGCCGUGUGUAUCAAAUUCAAAGAAAGAAGCUCGAAACAAGCAAAGUCCGCGAAAUCGUUUAUGACAAGGACUUGGAUUUGGUUUCUUGUAGUUGUAAAAAGUUUGAAAGUGCCGGAAUCGUAUGUACUCAUAUUAUCUCCUACUUGAUGAAAUUUGAUGCUAAAAUAUUACCCGAUAAAUACAUCUUAAAGAGGUGGACUAAGUCUGCAAAAUCGGGGACAGUGGUUGAUGAUAAAGGUAUGCAGAUAAACCCUGACAAUUCUUAUCUUUUAACACGGAGUCAAUUUAUCCAAUCAUCUUUGGAAUUAGUUGACAAGUCCCUUGUAUGUGAAGAAACGAGGAAGAUGUUUACCGAUGGAGUGCGUAUCAUUAAUGAGCAAAUCGACCAAUUCAUUAGUAGCCGCACGAUUGCAAAGAUCUUCACCGAGAAAAAAAUCAAAUGA